UGGUCUAGCGGCAGCGUCUUGGCCGUCGCUGCAGCUGCGGCUGUAAGUGGUUGGGCCAUCUCAAGCCUCAAACGAAAACAUGAAGCUAUUCCGCAGGUGGCCAGUGACGACGCAGAAAUUGGCUUUGCCAGCCGUGCUGAGAUGAAAGAGGCCAUCUCAGAUAUCGUAUGGGAGCUUGGGAAUCAAAAGGACAUCAUCUCCACAGACCCAGACGAUUUGCAUGCUCACGGCUACUCUAGCUGGUCAACUGUCAACCCAGACGAGCUGCCUGUAGCCGUGGCAUACCCUCGAAAUACUGAACAGGUUGCCACCAUCGUCCGAGUGUGUCAUCGCCACCGUGUUCCCGUCGUCGCCUACUCGGGAGGUACCAGUCUCGAGGGUAACUUCUCAGCCCCUUAUGGAGGCGUCAGCAUUGACUUUGCCUUCAUGAACAACAUUCUCCAGGUCAACAAGGCCGACAUGGACGUGGUUGUGCAGCCCAGCGUUGGAUGGCAAGAUCUCAAUACUGAGCUCGCAAAACAGGGCACUGGUCUCUUUUUCCCAGUUGAUCCCGGCCCAACCGCAAAGAUUGGCGGCAUGAUUGGCACCAACUGCUCUGGAACAAAUGCAGUGAGAUACGGCACCAUGAAGGAUUGGGUCAUCAACUUGACUGUUGUAUUGUCUGAUGGCCAGGUCAUCAAGACGAGACGGCGACCGCGCAAGUCGUCUGCGGGAUACAAUCUCAACAGCCUGUUUGUGGGCUCCGAGGGCACGCUGGGCAUUGUCACUGAGGCAACACUGAAACUCGCCGUCGUUCCUGAGGAGACAUCGGUAGCAGUUGUCAACUUCCCCAGCAUCCGCCACGCUGCAUCGGCGGCUGCGAGUGUCAUGCAAGCCGCUAUCCCUGUGCAGUGUCUCGAGAUCAUGGACGAGGUGCAGAUGAAGGUCGUCAACCUGAGUGGCUUCACCGCGCCCCGGGUCUGGGUCGAGAAGCCGACGCUAUUCUUCAAAUUUGCAGGCACUAAAGCCAGCGUCCAGGAGCAUAUCAAGCUGGUGGAAAAGAUUACAGCAGCCAACAAGGGCGGCAACUUUGAGUUUGCAAAGGACGAGAAAGAACAAAAGCUGCUCUGGUCAGCCAGAAAAGAGUCUCUAUGGUCGAUGCUGGCGUUGAGAAAAGAAGGCGAGGAUGUUUGGAGCACGGAUGUGGCUGUGCCUUUUAGCCGACUAGCGGACAUCAUCGAAGUCAGCAAGAAGGAGAUGGACGAGCUGGGCCUGUUUGCCAGCAUCCUCGGCCACAUUGGUGACGGCAACUUCCACGAGAGCAUCAUGUACAACAAGGAAAACGAGGCUGAGCGAGCCAAGGUCGAGGCCUGUGUCAAGAACAUGGUCCGUCUGGCUAUUGAGAUGGAGGGCACCUGCACGGGAGAGCAUGGCGUUGGAUGGGGAAAGAAAGAAAGCUUGCUCUGGGAGGUUGGCUCCGAAACUGUGGGAGUCAUGGCAGCCAUCAAAAAGUCGCUUGAUCCGCACUGGAUUCUGAAUCCAGGAAAGAUUAUGGAUGUGCCGUGGGAGCGGAAAGACAGCCAUCACGAUGGUUAGCUGUAGAUAUGAGUGGAUGUGCUAGAUAUAAAUACCAUGUAGAUAUAGACAGUAGAUAUCAGUGGGUAAAUAUAGUAGACAUCAACAUAU